CCAACGUGUAUCGAGCAAUGUGUGUCGUGAUAUGAGGCGCAAUUCGUAGCCAAUCGCAUACGUUACCAUUCGCACGUGAAUAGCUUUCCAAGCAUUCCACGCCGACACAAGUUCAAUGGGUCACUGGCGGCUAGCGGAGGGGCGAACGAGCGGAGGGGCGGAGGAGGACGGCGGACGGCGGACUGUGUCGUGGCCACCAGCGACUGAGGUAUGAGGAUCUGCUGCGUCUACCAUCUGCCAGAUUCUCUCACCGCACACGUCAACUUGACCUUCCUUUCGCAUCCCGCGUCCCGCUACUCUUCAUCAUUCUACAUCUCUUCUCCCAUUCUUCAACCAUAACGCCCAUUUCUUCAACCAGAACGUAUCUCAGCUCGAACACCCAUACUCAUGGAUGUCUCCCAUGAUACGGCCCUUGCCAUCAUGCACACCACUCUGAACAGUACCUUAUCGGUCACCAAGCAUGUGCAUGUCACCCCCUCCGACCCUAGAUUCGUUUGGUACAUUCUUACCGCCGUUGCCCUUGUGCUCCUCGGAGGCAUCUUUUCUGGCUUGACGCUUGGGCUCAUGGGUCUCGACACGAUCAACUUGCAGGUAUUGAGUCAAGUGGGGACGCUCGAGGAGCAGGAACAGGCCCCCCGCGUCCUUAACCUCCUCAAGAUAGGGCGGCAUCUUGUUCUCGUCGUGCUUCUUCUUUGCAACACACUCAUCAACACGUCACUCCCCGUUUUUCUUGACAGCGUGAUUGGGGGUGGAUGGAUUGCAAUCUUAGGUGCAACUGCACUCGAGCUCAUCUUUGGCGAAGUCAUUCCGCAGGCCAUUUGCAACAAAUAUGGACUCACCAUCGGAGCGUCUUUUGCCCCCUUCGUCCGCGGACUCGUCUUCCUUCUAUACCCAAUCGCCAAGCCGAUGGCCAUGAUUCUCGAUUGCCUAUUUGGCAAGCACGACGAGGGCGUACGAUACCGUAAGGCGGAACUCAAGGCUUUCGUCUCUCUCGGUGUCGAAGACAAACUUGCGGAUGAUGAGUUACUGCUCCUAGGUAACGUGCUCGAGUUUUCGGGAAAGACAGUGGGCACAAUAAUGAUUUUGCGGAAAGGACACACUCGUAUUCCUGUUUUUGAGGCAGCCCGACCGGGAUUAUUUAUUGGGGUCUUGCUUCUCCGGGCGCUCGUUGGGUAUGACCUUGUUGAGAAAAGGACGGUGCGCUCCCUCACUACGCAGGCAUUGCCGCAAUGCCCACCCGAUCUUUCCCUUGUGGAAGCCAUGAACUAUUUCCAGACCGGAGUGAGCCACAUUCUGUUGAUUUCGACACACCCCGGCGAGUCAAGGGGAGCACUGGGCAUCGUGACCCUCGAAGACAUUGUGGAGGAACUGUUGGGCAGGGAGAUUAUUGUGCGUGAUCCGCGCAAUGGAGCCGAGUUGUGGUCGCAGGGUACUAAUGCCAAGGACGAGACCGAUCGCUUUGUCGACAUGCAAAGCCGCAUCCCCGUCAUUCGCCCACGCUUCCCGAUUGAUCACUCUGGCGUUCGGCGUAUCUUUGAGGGUCGAUUCAAUCGCAGACGCGCAUUCGUGCUGGCAUCAUCAGUGCCUGCGGGGUACCAUACCUCCGCAGUUGAGUUCAGCGAGACUGCGGCGACUACAAAUACUUCUGGCCCCGUUCGUCCCGUUCCCCCUUGAUUGAAGCCUCAUGCGAGCCGAGUUGCGGGCGCCCGCAGGCUGCUCUUGCUUCCAGCGUCCCUUGUCUAAAACGGCACAUCAUGGCCGAUUAUCUGAGUGGCUGAGUGGCAGAAAUGGCUACUUAGAUAUCGAUCUUUGAUAUCGCUGAAUCGCUGGAACACUCAUUAGCGCUGCGUGAUCGUCUUGCACGUGGGAGUUGCCAGUGGGUCGCCGAGCAUACAGUCAUGACGAUCAUCACGCACCGGCAGCUCGUGUAUACGAAUACGCGCUCAUAGUGGGUUAGCGCACCGCACCGCAGCAGUAGCAGUAGGAAAUCGGCCAGUGGCCAGUGGGGCGAGUGUGGCUCGUGG